CACCGCAGCAUUUCCUACAUAUAGUUUGCAGCAAUUAUGGCAUUCACACCCAAAGCGCUUCUUCUGCUGCUGCUUGCGGUAGUUUACGUCCAGCAGGGAGAAGUUCUGGCUAAAAUACCUGACCGGUGCCAGUGUGAAGAGUCAUCUCUCGUGAAUCGUGCUCGCAGGGACACCAUUAAGGAGUUUUAUAUCACCCCUAAAAGACCAAACUGCGACAAAGUUGAAAUUAUACUGACUCAAAAACCCGAGAACAAAACAACAGCAUCCGGCCAGCUCUGCUUGAAUCCACAAAAACAGCAGGGCCAAUUACUGCAGAACUGCUGGACAAGGUUAAACAUAAAUAACACCGACUCGCUGAAGAUGUCUGUCUGUUGGCAAUGAAAAGAGAGCACAGGAGGUCAAGAGUGGGAAUUCUGGGGGGAAUUCUGCCAUGUCACAUGACCCAGUACCGGCCAAUCAGAGUCCAGGGAGUCUGAGCCAGGGCCUCAUGCAGCCGAAGACCUGAAAACACCCGGAUCACUGCCAGGAUCUGCAACAAACAGAUGUUCCCGGUGAUCUGGAUUAG